GAGCUGCUGAAAGGUCUGGUCGCAGCGACGGGAACGCGUAAUCCUCAGCGUGCUCCAGCCCGGCAGCAUCCUUCCACGGCUCGUCAGGGCAGCCAGCCUCUGGGCACCGGCCCCUCUGCUCCGCGGAAAAGCCUGAUGAAGUCCUCCGAUAUCGAUCAGGAUUUGUUUACAGACAGUUACUGCAAGGUGUGCAGCGCACAACUGAUAUCCGAAUCUCAGCGCGUGGCUCAUUACGAGAGUCGAAAACAUGCAAGCAAAGUCCGACUCUAUUACAUGCUUCACCCCAGGGAUGGAGGUUGUCCUGCCAAGAGACUGCGGUCAGAAAAUGGAAGCGACGCGGACAUGGUCGACAAGAACAAGUGCUGCACACUGUGUAACAUGUCCUUCACCUCCGCAGUGGUGGCGGACUCCCAUUAUCAAGGCAAAAUCCACGCCAAAAGAUUAAAACUAUUGCUAGGAGAGAAAACCCCACUGAAGACCACAGCAACACCUCUGAGCUCCCUUAAGCCUCCGAGGGUGGACACCGCCCCCGUGGUCACAUCUCCCUACCAAAGAAGAGAUUCAGACAGAUACUGUGGGCUCUGUGCAGCCUGGUUUAAUAAUCCUCUGAUGGCCCAGCAACAUUACGAUGGCAAGAAGCACAAAAAGAAUGCAGCAAGAGUUGCUUUAUUAGAACAACUCGGGACAACUCUGGAUAUGGGGGAGCUGAGAGGUCUGAGGCGCAGUUACAGAUGUGCCAUCUGCAGUGUCUCUCUAAACUCAAUAGAACAGUAUCAUGCCCAUCUGAAAGGAUCUAAACACCAGACCAACCUGAAGAAUAAGUAGUGAGAACAUCAAUCAAAAGAUGAGAAAAAAUGUCAGAAUUUCUCUGCCAUGGAGAAUCGCUGGUCAACCACCAGAAGAGGAUUCUUUCCUAAACAAUGAACAUUUCUUAUGAGGACUCACAGAUGAACAUAUAACUAAUUUUAGUUUUGGAAAGUGAAUGAGUUUUAUUUUCUGCUUUUUUCUUUCUUUUUUUUUUUUUUAGUUUUGUGGUGUUAUGGUAUUUGGAUGGAUUUUUUAAAGUCUGUCCUGAUAAUAUACUUAGCACAUGUUCUAAAUUACAAUCCUGUAGCCAACAGUGGUAGCAUCAUUUGAGCUUAAAGACAAUGGAAAAAUCUCAAUUUCCAAUGUAUUCCAGAUCCCUUCAGCAGUUAAUUAUUCUAUUAAGUCUUUGAUUGAGAUAGAAACAAAACCACCUCCAUCAAGAAACAAACAGUGUUCUUUCAUUAGGUUGAACAUGAUUCAUGGCCAUGUGCACAGAACCAGAAUGAAUCACUAUUGGUAGAAGAUACACCACAGACACGAACACCCGACCUUCUCAUGUCACCUUCAUGUAUGUGAGCCACAUUUGCCGUCUGAGCAGUGAGAAUGAAGAGGGCACAUGAAGGAAGAAUCCUCAUCCUUUUAUUCUGAUCAUUCAAAGAGCCGUUUCUCAAGGUUAAGCCAAGUCCUCUUUGCAAGCUGCCAAAAUAAUAGCUUAGGAAAAGAAUUCGUUUGCCUGCAUGAUGAUCCUCUUAGGCAAAAAACAUCUUUAACAGCAGUUGACCUCGGUGAAAUGUUUUCCCAAAGGCAUCCAAAAGGAGGAUUAUACAUCCCAGAAUCAGAGGGAAAUAAAAGCCUAUCUGUUAUAAAGCUGGCCUGAAUGCUGGGCUUUAAUGCGGUGCUUUGGAAAGAACUGAGCACAUUCUGAAGAGCUGCCAGCCUUGGGUACGGCGAGGUGCCCUGUUUCUCACUGAAGUUCUCUUGCUGAGCCAAGACUCAGUCACUUUGGAAAGAAUACCUCCAGCCAGGAUGGCAAACAGGAAAGCUGUUACUCCUCGAUGGGGCACGUCUCUGAGUGUAAAUCAUAAAGUACUCUGUCUAGCUUGAAUUCUUCUCUGCCAUGACUGGAUUUGGUGUCCUGUAGGCUCUGCUCUGGCUGGGGCCACCCUUGGUCCCUGGUGACCCACCACAGGCAACUGAUCUCCUGGUGACAGGGUUUUCUGGACAUCUAUUGUUUUUCCACAGAGAGCCAAGGUGAUUCCAACACAGGCGAAAAAGGACAUGAUUUAGAGAUGCACAGUGUUGUUAUUAAUGUGUUUGGAAUUUGGCACCAUUCCCUUGAGGACGGCCCACUCAGGAAGGGCCGGGAUUGCCUGCUCCACCGCACUGGCCACAUGCUGUCCCAUGGCAAGGAGGAGGGUUUGACGGGAAGCAACCUAUUUUUGCUGUUUUGGAAAGCACAGUCAGGAGGUACAGACCUCCAAUGACGAUUUUUCUUCGAAUGUGUAAAAUAAGGCUUUAUUUGUCAAUUCUGCUGUAAAAUAAGCACUGUCCAAGUAAAAAAAAGAAAAAAGAAAAAACUAUCUGCUUCUGUUUCUGUUUAGUGAAUGAGCUCAUACCCUUGAGUAUAUUUUGUUGAAAUAACCAAAUAUAGAUGAGCCUAUGAACACAGAUCUCUUUUGCUUUACAGAGAGGCUAUGCCAACCCCUUAAUAGAUAAGCUUCCAGAUAUAAUAAUCACAUUAUUUGAGAAUUCCUCAUCUAGCUACCAUUGCUUCUUGGCACCCUGUCAUGUGACAGUGGAUGCCUGCCAGAGGCUUUCUUGUUUUCAUAUCUCCUUCUUUAUUUUGCCCAUGCAGAUAAGGGAAAUUAUCAUUCCAGUAUACCAAGUAGGUGAUGUGUUCCACCUUAAACAAAAAGAGCGUUAUUUCUAUUUUGGAAAAUCGUGAAUGAAAACCUCCCUGCUUGGGGAACUAGCUGUUGUUCUUUCCUUUUUUUGUGGGGGUGGGGGAUUAUGGUUAUAUUUGUUUAAUAAGUCACAGGCCAGCUCACUGUGGAGGAGCUCAGGUAAAACCACCUGAUUACAGCUGAGAUUCCAGGACAGACAAGAACGAGUCCAGCAAUUUCCUAAACUCUCAGUUUAGGGAUCUAGGGACAAACUCUAUGUGAAAGAGUGAGACUGUCUAAAUUAUCCAUAUUUACAGUACUUCCCCUGUUCCAAGGGCUUGCAGUAAUGCCAGCUAACUAACCAAGUACUCCUAUUUGACAUUUUGCUCAAGUGAGGGAAAAAUUAUUCAGAAUUAACAUAACGCAGGAGCCAUGGCAUCCUUAUAUUAGAGGAAAAAUUUUGUAGUUAAAAAGAUACUUGGUAAGUGGUUGCAAUCAUCUCAACUACUCCUAUAGUCCUGUUCAUUCAAUUCACUUACUUUGCAAAGAGUUUUUCUUUAAGCACAGGGGUAAGCUUCAGACCAGAAAUGCCACGGCAGUGACCCCCAAAUUAAUGAGCUGCCAUUAUGAAUAGUCUCUGCAGUCCAGUGCACUAAUAAAUAUGAUUAUAGCACAAUCUGCUAAGUAGGGAGAACUACAGUGACCCCUUUUGCUGGUAAAAGUAGUAAUAAAACUGGCAUCUGCAAUUGCUUGGCUGCAAAGACCCAGAGGAUGUGUUUGUCGUUUGCCUCUUAGGUAGGUGACAUAGCAACAUAAAUUGGAACUGCGAGAGUCUUUAUUCCUUUUCACUGAAGUGAGUUUAUGAGACCAAUCAGAUCAAGUGAGGAAAGAUAUGGGACAGGUGAACAAUGCCAAACUUCCCUUCCCGAAGGGAAGUUUAA